GUCCUUCCUCCACCACAAACACCACAACGUACAGGAAGAAGUGAGGCAUGCCGCAGUGAGCGGUGUUGUGUUGCACCUUGACAACAGAACGCUGAGAGAACCAAAACAAACUGAAGUGGAGGAGGAGGAGGGCAAGUCAAUGCGGAAACGAUGUCCAACUAUUUAUUUCUGAAGCGUAUGGGAAGAGAAGAAACGUUUCAUCUGCCGCCUGACAAAGAGAAGAUACUGAUUGGUCGCAGUCCAGCAUGUGACAUCAAUUUUCCCAGUGUCUAUAUCUCCAGACAGCAUUGCCAAAUAUUACGUAUUCCCAGUGGUGCUCUUGUUCUUAAAAACAUAAAGAAUACCAACUGCACAUACAUAAAUGAAUUAAAGCUGCAAAAUACAGAUGUCUCAGCAGAGCUGCAAGUUGGUUCUUGCAUUGGCCUUGGUGUGCCUCUUGAGUAUGCCACAGGGGCUGGCAUGCAAAACAAGGACUUUGUGUUCCUUAAACUUGAGAGUUCACAGCCAGCAAAUGAAACAUGGCAGAAUAAUGCAAGACCAGAGAACAUAAAUGCUCAGAUACCACCUGUGUCUGAUGCCUCACAUCCUGAUGACCCGGGUGAGACAGCUACUCGUCAGCAUGAUGCUGUGGGGAGUGUUGAAGUGUCUAAGCCAAACAGUCCGGCAUCUGUGGCAUGCUUGGAGAAGUUGAGGCUACACCUACUCUCAUUUAAGGAUAAUUGGAAGUCAGAGUCUGUACCUAAUCAGGGUGUCUGUUCUACAUCUCAAGUUGGACCAGAUGUGUCAAAACAGGAUGAGAAAUCACAAAUGCCCACCACUGCCAAUAAUACAUUGCACAUGAAAGAUAAGGCUUCACUGAGUGAAGUGGGGCUUGAUACUAUAAGACCACCAGAAAAUAAGAUAAAAAAUAUUCAUCCCUCUGAACCUGAUCCAAGGAAACUUGAUAAUUUUCCUCCCCCUGUGCAAAGCAUUGAUUCCAGCCUUGAACCUAGGCAGGGUCUCUUAGAGGAAGACAAAUCUUGUAUACAAGCAGAUGAUAGUAAAAUGGAUGUAGCUUCAAGUUGUAAAAAUUUGAUAACUGAAGCUGAAGAAUCCCAUUCUCCCAUUCAUAUUGAUUUGACACAGGCAGACCCAGACUCUCCCACAAGUAAGAUCCCAAUGGAAACUCAUAAAGGCAGUUUUGUUUCACUCCUUUCAUCUGAUGAAGAUUGUAUUUUUGAUGACUUGUUACAUAUGAGGAGUUCAUUACAAAGUGAAAGCAAAGAAGUCUCUGGAAAAAGAAAGAGACCAUCAUGUGUAGAACCUUCCAGUAAUAUAAGUGUGACUGACAAUGGUGAGGAAAGCUCCAUGAAGAAAAAGAAGAGGUCAUUAUCAUUACACAGUGGUAUGGAAAGUGAUGAUGAAUCCCUAUUUUGGAAGGAUGGUGGUAUUGAUGAAUUGCUAGAGCAUAAUAAAAGAAAUAAGGAUAAUAUGAACAAAAAUGAAUCAAAUAAAGUUACAGAGGGUAAUAGUGGUGAUCAUGAAAUGGCCCAUGAAACAAAAAGUACCAAGAAUUCAACUGAUGUCUUGAUGCUCAGUGAUGAUGAUGAUGAUAAUGAUUUGUUUUUGUAUAAGAAAAAGAUAACUGAUAGAAAACCCGAUAACUCAAGUCAAAGUAAAGAGAAAAAUGACAGUGAAUCAGUAAUACUUAACACAAAAAAUCAGAAAAACUUAAAAAGAACUAUUUCCAGAACAUCCUCGCAGGAAAGUAGCAGUGAUAAUGAACCAGUAACAAUGAGAAAAACUAACAAAACUCGACUCAUCAUUGAAAGUUCAGAUAGUGACUCAGAUUUUGAGCAUGUUCCUUGUAAAAGAAACAGUGAAACUCUUCAAAACCAGAAACUUAAAAAGGUUUCAGUUCAGUUAACUAGAAUCUCAUUUAAGGUUGGCAGCCCUUCAGAUGCCUCAGGAGCUUGUUUCUCUUUAAAAGGUGCCUCUACAAGUAAAAGUAACAAUAAAGAGAAUCUUCUGGGAAAUGGAAAGAACCAGUCUUCCGAGACGUGCACCGGAAAGAAAAAACCUUCUCUCACUUUGAAAAAGGCAAGUCAUUCUAACAAAGGUGAAGAAGUAAAGACUCAAAACAUCACCAAAGAAAAGAGAGAUGGAGUGCAGAAAGAAAGAGCAUCAGACUCUUCAAGUUCUGCAGAUUUAGAGAAAAGAAAUCAACUGAUGGAGAGUGACAAAAAUUUCUCUAAAUCCAAUUCAGGGGAAAUCCGAAAGUUAAAUAAACAAGAUUCAGUAGAGGUCAAGGUUGAGAUACCAACAGAUGUUAAAAUAAAAACUGAACCUUUAACAUCAUGUGACCAGGAAAAUAAUUAUGAAAAACAUGAAGAGAAAAGAGAUGAUGAUUUCAUGUACUCUCAGGUGGGUGAUGAAAUAUGGCUAUCUAGUGAUGAAGAAGGUGGUUCUCUUCCAUCAGGUGGUGCCCCUGUUAGCCCUGAUGCAGACAUCAUCUUUAUGGGUGAAGAUGAACAACCAGGUUUCACUGUGAAAGAGGAACCUGUUGAAAGGGAAGAAGAUUGCAGUGGUGAUGUAAAUAAGAAUGACCAGUGGUUUUCUGUUCUUUCACAGUCAUUUCUGGAGAUUUCUGAUGAUGAGGAAGAGAAAGAUAACGAGAUUUAUAAAGAAAUUGCUGAGAAUGCAGGAGAAUCUGAAGCCAAACCUGGACCCAGUGGAGUUAGUGAGCAUUUGCCUGAUAGUGAAGGUGAAGAGGAGUGGUGGCCAGUGCUUUCACAGGGAUUUUUUGAUGAUGAUGAAGAGGAAGAAGACAACAGGAAAGAAAAUGCAGAGAGUAACAGCAAAAUUGAGUUGGAUACAAGAGAUGAACCAAGGACUGCUAACAUCAAUAAUCUUCAGUCUGUUGUAGACAAAUUGAAGAAGGCACCUCCCCGGACUUCACAGUUGACUGAAGCUAAAAUUCCUGUGCAACACCAUGGAAGAAAGUCUAGAAAGGAAAGGAGUAAUAGUACAGAAGUAGCAGAUGUUUAUCCGUCUACUUCAGAGAAUGUCAAACAGGCAAAGAUUAGUAAAAAACAAUACAAGUCUAAAGAUGCAGGAAAAGUAAGAAACCAACACAAACAGAACAAAAACUCAGACUUGAGGAAAAAUUUGACUUCAAAAUAUAACUUGGAGCCAUAUAAAAGUACCUUAGAGCACAGGACCAAAGAAAAGCAUCAUCUUGUUGAGAAGAGUGAGACAUCCAUGUUGCCUCCUCUACAUUCUGCUGUAGACAAGAAAUCAAAGGUGCCUCCUCUAGAUCCUGCUGUAAAUAGUAAAACAUUAGAUCCUAAAUCUAGAAAAAAUAUUUCCAUCCAGAAGAAGAGUAAAUCUGCUGACGUGAGCACAGAGGAUAAGCCUCGUCCAAAGGUGGUCGCUAAAGUUACUAAAAAGACACGUUCUGAAAAACUCACCGAUGUUGAUCUGUUUUCUUUUCCAUCAAAAACAACUUCAAAACAGAAAAACUUUAAGAUUCCAAAGUCUUCCAAUAAUGGAGCUUCUUGUUCUUCCAAGAGCAGUAAAAUGGCUGGAAGUGGCUUGGUUCUUAAUAGAAAAAAAGAUGUAGAAGUAGAAAUCAGUAAGAAAAAAGAUGUAGAAGCAGAAAGCAGUAGAACAAAAGAUACAGAAGCAGAGACCAGUUGUGGUAGAUCUGGAAAUCUUUCAAAUGAUACUCUUCCUGGAGUACCAAUUUUAUCCACAUCUGCAGCUCGUACAAACAAUAAUCCAGUAGACAAGAUUGGUGAAAUUAAUAGAGGUAUAAUGAAGAUUAACUUGAAGAAAUCCAAACCUAAAAGUGUUCGCUUUCCUGAGAAAGAAGAGGAUCUAGUCAAAGUGCUUUUGAUAUCUCCCCGAAAGAAGAUGGAGAGAACAGGUCUACCAUGUGUGAGGGCAAGUGAGAUGUUACCUGAAGAACUGAAACUUCAAAGGCAAAACAUUCCUCCCUACUUCAUGGAGCUGUUUAUCCAUCACAUUUGCCACUGGAAUUAUGAUUGGCUGGAAUGUUACCAUCAUGCUCAAGAGAAAUACAAGGCUGGUGCUUUAAAAGGAAUCCCUUCACCACCACCAGUAGUUGAAAGUACAAAUUGCCCAAUACUUAUCCUUUAUAAUUCAUACAAUGACUAUAGAGAAACACACAGUAACCUCUUUUAUCUUGAGCUUUGGGAGAAGAUCUAUAAUGAUUGGACCAAAUGUAGGUCCAGUAGUAACAAUUUUCAGGCCCUAAUUGAGUAUGUGCAGCCAGCUUUCAUCCGGACCAAAACAUGUGUAUUAAAGUUUUGGGCCAUUAAGUUAGUGGUUGCAAUUCCAGCAAAACAAGGUGGCCAUAAUCACAGUUUUCGACAGGGAACUUUGAUUUCCCUUAAAAUUCGCAAGGAAGGUAAAAGGAGUAUUAUUUUUGGUUAUGUUGAUCAUGUAAUGGUAAAUAGAAGUCCAGCACAGAAUCAGGUAUCUUCCCAGAUGGGACCUAACCUCACACUUGGAGUCAGAGUUGUCAAGGAAAUAAUUCAAAUUGGCACAGUAAUUGCAAUCAAUGACAUUUCUUACAUUCGUCCUAAUUGUCGAGUUUGGGAGACCCUCCAGAAGCUACCUCUGUCUCCUUUGUGUAAAGAUAUUCUCUCUCCAGCUCCUGAAGCAUUCUCCUGUGAUAAGAAGACUGAAUAUCUGGUGAAAGAAUUACCACUUAAUGAGGCACAAAGAAGAGCUGUAACUGAAGUAAGCAGCAAGUGCAUGUUUGAUCCCUUUGUGCCAAAGAUAAGCCUUAUCCAUGGUCCUCCAGGAACGGGCAAGACCAGCACCAUUGUUGCUCUGAUUACUCAAAUGGCAAUGAUUGGAAGGAAGUUUGUACCAGUAAAGAUGCCACGAUGUAAGGUGUUGAUAUGUGCUCCAUCUAAUGCAGCAGUAGAUGAGUUGACUCUGAGACUCAUCAACUUGCGGGAUAUUGGACAGAGUCUGCGUGUUGUGAGAGUGGGGUUCCGGUCAAAUGAUCAUCCUGUGGUGAGGAAUUAUGCAUUGGAUCAGUUUGUAAACAAACAAGUUCAAAUGGAACUGUCCUCUCCAAGAACUGAGUCUGCAAGGCAGGAAUUGCUAAGGAGGAAAAUCUUGGUUGAGCAAGUUGUAGAGGACCUGGAAAGGGCUCGGAGGGAGCAGAGACUAAAUGAAGUACGCCAAUUAGAAGUUCGUCUAAAUGAAAUGGCCAGAGCAAAAGCAGAGCUGGAAAGAAGCUUUGUAAAUCAGCCAUCUGCCUACGAGAAGCACCAACUCCAUCAGAAAUGGCAACAAGAAUUCUUAUUGAAAGCUGAAGUUGUUGCCACCACUCUCAACAGCUGUGUAUCAGGAACAAUUGGAGAUGUGCUUACUAGAUACCCAAACCAUUUCACGUGCUGCAUUGUAGAUGAAGCAGGACAGUGUCAGGAAACUGAGACAUUACUCCCUCUUCUUUUUGGGAUCAGAAAGUUAGUGUUAGUAGGUGAUCACCACCAGUUACCAGCCUUAGUGCUGUCACAGCUGGCUCAAAGCAAAAACCUCAAGAAGUCACUAUUUGAACGACUACAUCAUCGCCUGGUUCUAGAGCUGCAGCGAGAGGAUGUGGUGAACAUGCUCAAUGUGCAGUACCGCAUGCACCCCCAAAUAGCAGAGUGGCCAGCCUACUAUUUCUAUCAGAACAAACUUAGAUCUGAAGUGACUCAGCCCAACACCAUUUUCAAUCCAUACAUGAUGUUUGAUCUCCAGACUUCCCAGGAGCAGAGGCACCAGAAUAUGGAGCUCUACAACCCAGCAGAGGCAUCCUUGGUGUGUUUAUUACUGGAGGUGAUGCAACCCCAUCUUGUUGGGAAAACCAUUGGGGUUAUCACACCAUACCAACGCCAGAAAUUCCACCUGGAAGAAAAACUGAGCAGGCUGAAAGGCAAAAUGAAUAUUUCAAUUAACACAAUUGAUGGCUUCCAGGGUCAAGAGCGAGAUGUGAUCGUGCUCUCCUUUGUCCGUGCCAACAACACUGCUAGCAUUGGCUUCCUGUCUCACCGGCAGAGACUGAACGUGGCCUUGACCCGUGCCAAGGAAGUUUGCUACAUAAUUGCUAGUUUCUCCUCUUUAGAAUGCAACAGGGAGUGGAAUUCACUCAUAAAUAAUGCCAGAAAACGUAAAGUUGUUUGUACUAUAAGAAGUAAAGAGGAAAACGACAAAGCAUUCAUAAAGAAUGCAAUAACAAAUAAGGCAAGUGUUUAGGAUGUGGUAAACAGAGAUAUUAAAAGCUUCUUCACACCUCCAGGAGAAAAUACUGUGAUAUAGAACUUUAAUGUUAAACUAUGAACUUGCUUUUUGUAAAAGAUCUUUGCUUCUUUGGAGGAAGAAGAAUGGAGGUCUCUUGUUAUUUUCAUUUACACCUUUUAAAGAAAACUAUGGACUGAUACAUACCAUUGUGAUAGUGCAUCAUUAUCUAUAAUCAUUAUCAUCAUCAUCAUCAUCAUCAUCACUAUUGUAGCAUCAUCUUUCAUACCUUGGGCAGGCACAAAGCUCCCUCUUCCAAUCUAAUGUUGAAGACAUUAUUCUGUGUUGUAAUUUAGAAUAAAUUAUUAAAAGAAUAAUUCCUUAGUGUAAGUUUUACUAUCUGCAUUACAGGAACAAAUUCAAAUAAUGAAAUUUUCCCUAAAAGCAGUAAAAGGGACAUGGAGCCUGCACUGUAGGACAUUAUGAUGUGUGCAGGUGUACAAGUUCUCAGCCAAACUAUGUUUAUUGUAAUGGUGCUCAUAACUUAAGCUGAAUUUCAUAUGAUUUUACUUUGUUUUGAAAUUCAAAAGAGUUUUUUUGCUUUGGUAAUGGAAAUACACUGAACACUUAAAUCAACACUUAAGUCCAGCACAUGGAUCACAAAGAGAAGAAAGUACAAACAAUAAAUAUGUUACAUCAACACAACAAUCAGUAGACAUGCCAUCUCGCUCGCUACCAGUUGCUCCUUACCUUACAUUCAGCACAUACACAAGGCCAAAGAUAUGAGCAAGUAACGUAACCAUGUCAUUCUUGAAGUUGAGCAAGUAACGUCACCAUGUCAUUCUUGAAGUUGAUGUGAAGGAAACUGGAAAAUGUUGUGAAAAGCUGAGUGUUAAUCUUACAUUAUUUGUGUAGGGACAGAACAUGUUUUUUUUACAUUCAUUAUUAUUAUUAUUUGUAAUUAGUGACAUGGAAUAAUAUAAGUGGUUAGGUAAUCCCCAUUUCCAAUAACUCGGGCGAUAUUAAAAUUUGUAAUGCUUUAAGUGAAAUUUUUUAUGUUCUAACAAUCAUAUUUAGUAGAACAUUACUUCCCCAAAAAUAUUUGAUCUUUCAUAUGUCACUUAUGAAAUGAAUGAAAUUAAAAACAAUUUAGGAAAUGAAAUGCAUCGAUAUAAAGCUUGGGGGCCAGCAUCCAUUUCAUAUUUUGACAUUACCAAUGCAUAAGCUGCUCAUCCCCUUCAUUCUUUCUCUGUCAAAGCACUGUAUGGAUGGGUAGCUCAUGCCAUUACAUGAUUGUUCAUUUAGAGGAGAUCAUUGAGUCUUGUUUCAGUUCAUAUAAAUUUUUCUGAAGUACAGUUUUCUUUAACAUUUUAUUUUUGUAAUGAACAUUUUUUAUAUAGAUUUUACUCUGCAAUAUUUUGCAAAUGUAAUGAAAAUUUUUUUACAUAGAUUUUACUCUGCAAUAUUUUGCAAAUCAAACCUUAAUAUAUUUCUGGAGUAUGUAUGAAUAAUGUUGGCAGCUUCAUUAUACUGAAGUAAUGAAGAAUAGAAAACUUAAUUGCUUCCAUGCCAAGGAGCAAAAUUUGGCAUUGCUGCUGCCUACUUUGUACUGAGUUGUUACAGACUGGAAUUGUACAUGUCAACAUUAAAUGUUUAUAUAAAUA